GGCUCGCCGCGCCACGGGGCGCUGACUCAGCUGCAGCCUGGCCGCUUCGCCGAGUCUGGCCUGGGGAGCGCGCGCCCCAAGCCGGCGCCCGCGCCCUGAGCCCAGAGCUGGGUCGCCUGGAAGCGGGAAGCACCACAGCACGCGAGCCGCGGGCGUCUGGGGCUGGAGGCUGGCGCGACUAGGGCCCCGAGCGCGCGGGACGCGCCUGGUCAGCCCCCAGCACACUGCUCUCUAAGAUGCACAAUGUCUCAUUGGCUCAAGCUGUUCAGCCCUCUGCCUUCGUUCCUGAAACGGCUCAGCCCCAGGUCCUCCUGAAGUGGUGACCUCUCCAGCUGGCAGGGGUGGAAAAUGGUACCAGUCAGGCCGGAACCCCUGGAGCUCACAGUCACUGCCCCAAGAUGGAGGAACCUACCCCCGAGCCUGUCUAUGUGGACGUGGACAAGGGACUGACCUUGGCUUGCUUUGUCUUCCUCUGCCUCUUCCUCGUGGUCAUGAUCAUCCGCUGUGCCAAGGUUAUCAUGGACCCCUACAGUGCUAUCCCCACAUCUACCUGGGAGGAGCAGCACCUGGAUGACUGAGGCACGGGGAAGGCCAUGGUGCCCCAGCAUGCACAUCUACAUCCCCUGGUCACCAGCCUGCAAGUGCUCGGAAGCAGGGAAUGGCUGUGGUCCCUCGAAGAUAGAGAAGGCUCACCUUUACCUUACCAGCUCCACCAUGGCUGCCAGAAGGAAAUGCCCAGAUGUCUGGGCAGCAGAAACCUGGGACAGCCUAGGGAGAAGAGCACUGGGUCAAGAUUGCGGACUGGGAUCCAGCCUGGGACUCCACCAUGGAACUGCAAAGUGAUGGUUUCCCGCCUGGGUGCCUAUGCAUCUUUGGGAAUUGAACCAAGAACAGACACCUUGGGCAGACAACAGUCAGGAGGAUACUGUCCUUCAAAUGCACAGCACAAGGAGGUCGCCCAGGCUACUUCCCCAUGGCCUAGCAGUGGAGGGGCAGGAAUGGUGAAAUGAGGUUUGAACAGCCUCCACUGCAAAUUCUCACAAGGCACACAGCUAUUUUCAAACAGUGUUUUGGGUUUUUUUUUAACUAAAAUAUGUAGGGAUAUAUUCUUCCUGUUAAAAAUGAACUGUGCAUUUUAGACACUUGAGAAAAUAUAAAUAGAAGGAAAUGGAGGUGACAAGCACUUGUAAUCCUGCCUCCCAGAAGCCAUCAUUUUGAUAUAUUUCUUUCAGUCUUUUGUACAGGAAAUUUUUUAGUCAAAUCCAUAUCAUAUGCAUGAUGCUGCAUAGCUUCAUACGAUAGCACAAGUACCUUCUGCCUCCAGAUGCUGUGGCUCUUCCCAUGACUUCGAGUAUACUGGUGUCUACAUCAUGACUGACCAAUGUCUCUUUUUGUUGUAUAUUUAACUUUCUCACAAAUUUCUCACAUAAAUUACAUCACCCUGCAACCUUCUGAAGCUGCACAGCCCAGGAGCUCCAGGCAGGAUCCAGGCUUUAGUCUUGUUUCAGCCAUUCAAAGGCUGUGUGACUUUGAGCAAGUCACCUCACCUCUUGGUGCCUCAGUUUCCUCAUUGUAAGAUGGCUCUUUCCCCUCUUUCCUUCCCUCCCUCCUUUUUUCCCUUUCUCCCUUCCUUCCUCCCUCCUUCCUUCCCUCCCUCCCUCCCUCCCGUGUUCCCUUCCUUCCUUCCUUUCUGCAUUCCCAUCAUGUGAAUGGAAGCACAGGAGAGGAAGUGUUCUGGUCCUCCCUCUUCUCUACCCAUUAUCACCUACAUCUAUACAUGACCUUGCUGCAAGGACUCUAGGUCAGAGCCCACAAACCACCCUUCAACUCCCAACUCCAACUUCACUGCUUCCUUGUUAUAUGACCUAUAAAUAACCUAGCAUGUGUUGAGCUCCAGUUUCCUCAUCUAUAAAAUGGGGGAGUAACAUCUACCUCACAAGGCUGUUGUGGGGAUAGAAUGGGAGAAGGCAAGCAAACAUGAGUGUCCUUUCCUGUAUCUACCACCCUAGAAGAAUCCAGGACCUGAGCUGGGAUGAGUAGAGCCUGGGGCCCCACUCCCUGCAGAACCUCACAGACCAGAGCUCCCAAUAGUACCACUGGGGGAGGAGGUGGGGUGCAUUCACAGUGACCUCUCCCACACCUGACAUAAGGGAUAUGGGGUCUGUUGGUUCACAUCAUUGGCAUUAUCACUAGUUUCUUCACAAAUAUGAGGUGCAUCUAUUGCAUUCUUCCAGGACAGGGCCUGAAGUCCCCAUCAAAAGGGAACUGUGCUGUGGAGACCCCAGGCAGGCCUCCUCCAUCAUCCACACCCCAGCCACAGGUUCCCAUCCUACCCCAGGUCACCUGGAGAAUGGGUUUCCACAGAACUGUCACCAGUAAGUGAGGCCUGGAAGUGGACAGAAGCUGUCGAGGUGGCUUUUCUGGGAAUGGUGCAUCUGUAGGAUGCACACAAACACACACACACACACACACACAGAGUUAUCAAAGACAAGUGGCCAGAAGGAACUGAACCAGGGGCUCUGAGGCAUCACGUCCUGCCCAGAGGCAGCAUUCCUGGGAAACCUACCCCAGAGACAGCAGGCACUUCUGUGGGAAGCCCACCUUGGGAUGGGUUUGCAAUGUCAAUCAGGGUUUGUAUCCAGCUACUAAUGACAGAGCAGCAGGAAGGAGAGGAGAUCUGAAGAGCCUCCCUGGGAGAUCUUCAGAGCUCUCAGGAUGCCCCAGGCUGUGCUCCUCAGACUGAGCCUGAAGGACAAACUGCACCUGCACAUGAAAAGCUUGCUAGAAAUCCCAAAUCAUGGCCCUCUUCAGACCUACAGAUGGAGCCCAGGAACCUACAUUAGCCAGAGCCCCCCAGACACUGCCUAGGGUCCCUGGUCUCAGAUAACUUCCCACACCUAGAUCCACUUGUAUUUCCCACCUUAUCCUUUUUUUGGGGGGGGGUCUUUUUGAGACAGGGUCUCCCUAUAGCCCCAGCUGGCCUGGAUUCUCUAUAUCCAUGUUAUUUUUAAUGGCAAAAGGAAAUAACAGCUCAGACAAGAGGGAACUUAAAAACCCCUUUAGUCAAGUCUCCAACAAGGAAACACAGCAGUGGUUUCUAUUCUGU